UUCGUCGAAGAGCUGAUAAAUGACUUGAGCACCGUCAGUCAGCUCUACAAUUUACAGGACAGAUACACGCACUGUGAUUGGCUGUCAGCCAAGCGGCGCAGGCGGUCACCUGGUGGAGAGAUAAAACAGCUUUCAAUGGAGGGAAGGCUGAGUAGACAAACAAUUUUUGGAUCUGGUGCUGAAAGAUGAGACUACUGGCUUUGGCUGUGGUUUGCGCUCUCAUUGCUAUCCAGGAUGGAGGGAGUGUGGGAGCAGCUCUGCCAGGAGUCGACCCUGCACAGAGAACACAUGCAACAGGAGCAGUGUCCUCUGCAUUCAGGAGAACAGCAGGCGACUUCCUGGCAGAGGAUCCCAGCCUCUGCUUUUCCCUGAGAGAGAAUGAGGACCAGAGGCAGCUCCUUUGCAAUGAUCGCAGAAGUAAUUUCAACUACAACCCUCUCAGCCUUCGCUUUGGGAAACGCUACAACGGCUACAUUUACAGAAGAGCUGUUAAAAGAGCCAGAACAAAAAAGUUUUCACCCUUCUCUCUGUUCUUGCGAGAACUGGAGGUACCCACCUGAAACAGAAGACUUCCUCUGGGGAAUUAUGUUAUUUGUUUGGAAAGUCAAACUGUGACAGCAGUGUUCUUAAAACUCUUUAUUUCAGAAAAAAAGGUUUCCCUGAUUAAAACUUUUGCACCUAUCUUUAAUGUAAAAUAAUUUUCAGAUGCUACAAUGGAGAGAACUAUGUAAAUAAA